CGUUCAACCUCCCUUGCCACUGGCUCCCCGCGUCAAAUGGCUGCUGCCUUUGCCAGCUCGUCCUCCUCUUCUUCCCUUCCAACGGGACCCGUUGACCUUACCGUUCUGCAAAGUGCGAGCCGUGUUUUACAUGAACAAUUCGCCACGGAUGUUCAAAUUAUUCCUGACCUCAGCGAGACACUAAGUGCCCAGGCUGGGCCAGCAGUAUAUAGCACCUUCGACGAUGAUUUUCGUCUUCCUUUUCAAAAGAGAAAACUUGUGGGAAUUCCUGAUGCGUUGUUCCAACAUUAUAGCAGUAAUUUGCUGCUAUGGGAUUACGUAGAGGGUAAUGAGAUAAGUUCAUUUGAGGACCAACCCUACGUGAUCUCCCAUGUCGCACUUGUCAAACCCAAAAAGGGAUUGUUCAUCGACGAAAUAUCCUACUUGUUGGUGAUAUGCACACCAAUGACUGUCGUUCUAAUUGGGGUUGCUCUGUCACCGGGAGCGAAACGGAAAACACUCCAGUUGUAUGCCACUGACUUGACCGUGAAUACCGACACCCAAAUGUCAUCAGUCAUAGGCAUUCCCGACGGACGAAUAUUUAUGGCUGGGUCUCACGAUGGGAGCCUUUACGAGCUUCAUUAUCAAGCCACAGAAUCGUGGUUUGGAAAACGCGUCCAACUAAUAAAUCACUCCGUUGGUGGAAUGCAAAGUCUUAUUCCCCGUUUUGUGUCGUCAAAUGUAGAAGAUCGUAUCGUUUCCCUCGUCUCUGAUGACGCCAGACGCUGUUUCUACACUCUUACAGAGAGAAACGCAAUAGCUGUGUACAAGCCGACCUCCGACAAAUCUGUGGAACAUGUUCAGACGCUAUCAGGUCUGUAUAAAUCUAUUCAAGAUAAGGUUCCUGGUCCUUCCGUCACACCUCAGAACUUCCGAAUCAUUUCCAUUCAUCCUGUCGAUGUUUCGGAAUCGCGUUCGGGUAUUAAAUUGGUUGCAAUAACAUCUACAGGUGUACGACUGUAUUUCGCACCAGCAAUUGCUUAUUCGUCCUCGUAUGGGGGUUAUUCAUCCAGUAGCGGAGUUCGCCCCCUCCAGCUCUUCCAAGUGCGAACACCUCCAACCACUAUAUCACAUCCUGACGAGCAAGAGCCAAAUUUCCGACAACCGAUGGCAGCGUAUGGCACAGCGCCAAUACCUGCUCGGCAACAAGGACGCACGUUUACCUUUACGGGUCUUGACGAAACAGAUGUGGAUGGAAAGGACUUUCUUCUGUGCAUGUCGCCGGACUUGACGCGAAUUGGGAAUCUGGACCAAAUAAUCACGAAUACCCAGUCUGCGCAGCGAUUUAGCGGUGCGGGUGCUCCCAGUGGCAGUAACAGAGUGCCUUUGAUCGAAUAUGCUGCACUGUUGGCUAUUCCAGGGAGGACUUGGGCCAUGGCUCCUGUUCCCCGGAAUUUACCAAAUUGGGAGACAGGUUUGCCCGCGCCGGUGGUUACGAACGAAUUGGCUUCGCAAUUUGUCGAAAGCCCCCCAGAAAUCAUGAUUCUUACCAAUGUUGGUCUGACGUUCCUCAUGAAGAGACGGGCAUUGGACUACCUUAAGGCUGUUAUCGAGGAGGUGCAGUCAGAGGGUAACGUUCAACCCCUCAUCGAAUUCAGGGAUAGCUUUGGGCGCAAUCAGACGUGUGCUAUGCUCCUUGGUCUCGCAAGCGGCAACUCAUUUUUGGACACCACAGAGAGCGCAUCUCUUGCCGUCUCUCCUCCCGACAUCGCGGCUGUGGCCAAGCAAGCGUUUUAUGACUUUGGAGAGCGUCCUAUAUGGUCGGAACGGAUGGCUUAUGGCAACGAGGCUCAAGGAAAAACUCUUUACAGUGGCCGUAGGGAAGGGUUUGCUCUUUAUUUCGCUCGUCUCGUCAGGCGAAUAUGGAAAUCGAAAUUGACGCAUACGAGUGCUUCUGGUAGUCACGAACCGACUGUACCAGAAACAGUACUAGUCACUGUCCAGAAGAACUUAUACUCAUUGAAAGACCUUUUGGAUAAGAAUCCUCAUCUAUUCCACUCAUCACCAGGUGAUACGGCGGUCCGUCCUCCUGCAGCGGAGCAGCAAGCUUGGAAGGCCGAACAAAGCUCCGUAGUUGAACUUUUGUCAUUAUUGACGCGGACUAUUGAAGCCCUCUCGUUCAUACUUCUAUUGACCGACUAUCGUAUCGGUGAUCUCAUUACAAAAUGCGAAGCCGAUGUCCAGAACAUGUUCAAAGCGCUAACAUUUGAAGACCUAAUAACCACACGAAACGGAAUGACAGUGUCGAGAGCUUUGGUCAACGUUGUUAUCGAUCAGCAAAUUGGUCAACAACUGAGCGUUGAUACUAUAAGCGAGGUUCUGCAACAAAGAUGCGGCUCCUUCUGCAGUUCCGAUGAUGUCAUGCUGUAUAAGGCGAAAGAAAACAUCCGGAAAGCCGUCGAAACCAAGAAUCCCGCCGAGAAGGACAACUGGCUGUCGGAAUCACUACGGUUAUACAUUAAAGGCGUUCGUAUUUUGGACCUUCAUAAAUUGAGGGAAAUUUGCGGCGAUUUCCAGCAAUUGACAUACGCGAAAGGAGCUGUCGAUCUUCCACUCGUCUGUGCAAACGUCUUUGAUGCGGAGAACAUCGGAUUGGAAUAUUGGGCUGCCGGUAUGCCCGCGAACGACAUGCGCAAGGAAUUCUAUGAACGGCGGCUCCACUGCUAUGAACUUGUCCUGGAUUCCUUGAACGUCUUCGAAGGAAGUUCGCAAACUGCCAACUCGCUUUCCCGCGACGAUCAGGACACAGUAAGAAGCCAUGCAUACGAAUAUGCCUUUGCCAGUCAAGACGAAAUGUUCCACUCGACGCUGUAUGAUUGGCUAAUAGAUCGCGGUUUGGCUGAUGAUCUAUUAGAGAUCAGGCCCACCUUCCUUGAAUCCCAUCUAAGACGGGAGCCAGCGACUGUCAAGAAAUAUCAGCUUCUGUGGCAAUAUUACGUCAAAGACGGCCAACCACUGCGUGCUGCAGAAGUGCUCAGCGCGCUUGCUGAAUCCACCGACUUCGAUCUCCAUCUGACCGACAGACUGGAAUGCUUGACGCUUGCUGCCGGCAAUGCCAAGUCACAUCCCGUUUCUUCGGGAGGACGUCAUGAGACUGCCAUCGCGUUCCUGACGGAUCUUGAGGAGCGACUAGACGUCGCUCAGGUGCAGCUGGAUCUUUACAAUUAUCUAUACCCGCAUAUUACGGAUGCGGAGGAGGUGGGGAAUAGAAUUAAGCAGCUCGAUCAGCGUCUUUUUACGAUAUCUGAGCUAUAUCAAGACUACGCAAUACCAUUCGACCUCGCCGACUUCAAACUGCUUUGUAUACAUGUUUCAGAACACCGCGACGAGGGCAUCGUACGGCCAAUAUGGACACAAAUUUUCGAUGAAAUAAUCCAAGAAGCCGAGGAUGAAAACACUCAAGCUGAUCGGAUUAUGGCCAAAGUUGUUAAGUUGGGACGUCGUUUCUUCCCCUCGGAAAGCGCCUUCCCUCUCCGACUCAUGGCGGACCUUCUCGUGCGAUUCUCCUUGGAACGAAAGGGCGUUCUUCCUUAUGGUUGGGCGCCUCGCGUAUUGGUUCAGUGUGGCGUUCCGUUUGUCGAAAUAUGGGAGAUACUGAACGGGAUGUACGAGUCUCAUAUACCUCCCUUCAAUUCCCAAGCAAACGUCCAAGCGAUAUCCUCUGACAUCGCCGUAUUGCUAGUUGAUUGGCUCGAAGAGGCUCGACGACCAAACUCGUCAAUUGGCCGGGGAGAAGUCCCCGUUGGACGCAUAGACGCCGCUGUUGACCAGUACUUGAAGGAGUUGAAUGUUGACAGGAAAGAUACCAAAAGUACAUAUGAGAACGCCAAGCGUUUGCUCAGACGGAAUUGGUGAAGAUCCGUUAUUUAGUGAUAA